AUGGAGCCAGUAUCACAUCUCGUCAAAGUAUCUAUUCCUAAUUAUUUGGCUGGAUUACCCGUUCCAGAUUCUAUAGGAGGAUGGUUUCGACUAGGAAUACGAGACUGGAUUGCGUUAGUUCCACCUACAGCAAUGUUAGCCGGUCUUGGGUACAUGUCGUACAAAGCAUUUUGCCCAUUAGGUAGAGGUCCGGUAUGUAAAUCAUAUUUUCAGCCAUGCGGACGUGUGAACCUUACCAUUAAGAAGGAUGUAAAUAAAGUGGUAGACACAGUUGACAUAGAAGAUAUAUCUGAAAAAGCUGCAUUUUGUCGUUGUUGGAGAUCUCAAAAUUGGCCAUACUGUGAUGGCUCUCAUGGACGUCAUAAUCAAGAAAUGAAUGAUAAUGUAGGUCCCCUUGUAGUUACAAACAAGAAAGAUUAAUGUAAACUAGUUGAUACAUAAAUGUCAUUAUACAUACUUGCCAUGUACAAUGUUACUAAUAUUCAACAAAAAAAAUUUCUCUAAUGAACAAUGUAGAUACUUCAUAGAAAACUGAAACAUGCAAAAAAUAUUACUAUAGAUAAAUAUUGAAAA